GAAAAUGGCGACAAUUGUUUAUUUAUUCAGCUUGUUGUUCAUAGCGUUAUCGACAAAUGGAGUUGCAUUGUUGACAGACUCUGGACAAGGAACAUCUUCCAAUAGUGGUGGUUCUACAAGUAACAAUGGAUUUGGAACAGGUUCUGGGUUUGGAUCAGGGGGUGGUGGCCAGUCAUCAUGGAACGGUCAUUACACUGAUAAAUCUUCGGCUUUUGGUGGCAGUUUCGGUAGUGUAGGAGGUUCUGGAUCAUCUGGUUCUGGGUCCUUAUCAUCUGCAACUGGGUCUGUAUUAUCAGGGGCUGGUUCUGCAUUAUCCUCAUUAACAGGAGGUUCUGGUGGAGUAAGUUCAGCGUUAUCCUCAUUAACGGGAGGUUCUAGUAGCAAAGGUGCUGGUGGAUUUGAAAAAGGAUCUAUGGCUGAAUUGAGUGCAGGUAGUUUUUCAAAUGGAUUUGGGUCUUCAGGUGGUAGUGGCUCUGGUGGAAGUGGAAUGAGCUCCUUUGGUUCAGGUUUUGGAACUGGAAGUACUGGAAGCGGAAGUAGCUCUGGAACAUUUGGUUCUGGUGGUAGUAGUGGAAGUGGAAUGGGCUCUUUUAGUUCAGCUUUUGGAACUGGCAGUGGUACUGGUGGCGGCGGCUCUGGAUCAUUUGGCUCUGGUAGUGGAAUGGGUUCAUUUGGAUCAGGAGGUAGCUCUGGGUCUUUUAGUUCUGGCGGCAGUGGAUCUGGAACAGGUUUUGGAUCAGGAAGUAGUAGUGGUAGUGGAAGUGGGUCGUUUGGGUCAGGCUUUGGUUCUGGGAGCGGUGGAAGUGGAUCUGGUAGUAGUGGAAGUGGAUCUGGAUCGUUUGGAUCAGGAUUUGGAUCUAGUAGUGGUGGUACCAGUAGUGGAAGUGGAAGUGGAAGUGGAUCAUUUGGUUCUGGGUUUGGGAGUAGUGGCAGUGGAUCUUUUGGAUCGGGUUUCGGAACUGGCAGUAGUGGUAGUGGAACUGGUUCGUUUGGUUCAGGAUUCGGUUCAGGUAGUAACAGUGGAAGUGGAUCAGGGAGUGGCGCUAGUAGUGGAUCUUUUGGUACUGGGUCUGGUAGUAGUGGUAGUGGAAGUGGGUCUGCUUCGUUCGGAUCAGGAGGUGGAAACGGACAAGCAGGUCAGUUCUUCGGGUCAUCCGGUUCAUCGGGUUCUGCGGCGAGUCAAUUUGGUAGUGCUUUAAGUUCGUCUGGAGGAUCAGUUGGUUCAGCUGUUGCAGGCAUAGUUUCGGGUGGUUCAUCAGGAUCAUCGAGUAGUUCGUCAGGUGGAACCUUCAACGGAUUUGGCGGUGGUACAAUGGUAAACAACCAGGGAGGAUUCGACCCUAAUACAGGAUCAUAUCAACCAAAUAAAGGACAACAAGCAACAUCGGGGAAGUAUCAGUAUGCUGGGUUCUCACCAGACCAAAUUAAAGGAUUUGGUAAAGACACUGGUAUGAACAAUGGUGAUGGCGGGUGCUGCGACACUUCUGGUAAAUAUAUGACUGUCUGUUAG